AUGGUUCCUCUGCCGGCCGUCCCUGCGGCGCAUGCACCGGAGGUGGAUGCAGGGGGGAGGGUGCCGCCGUGUGCUGCCGGGGCGGCUGCUGACGAAGCGACACAACCCGAUGCUCCUGAGAUGGCAGCCCCCAAGGAUCGGGUGAGCCGUCCUGAGGAUGCGAUCGAAGAGCUGGUGCGACCCGAGGCUCCCGAGGUCGCCACCCCUGAACCUCGGGGAAGUAGUCCUGAGGUGGUGGCCGGAGAGCUGACGCAACCUAGGGUUCCCGAGGUCGCCACCCGAGGGGCUCCGCAGCCCGCCCUAGAUGCUGACAACCGCGCCCCGGGCUUCGGCCAGCUGCGCCUGAACUUCGAGGCACUCCGCAAGAGGAAGGGGCCUCCCAGCUGCAGUGGUGACGCCUACCGACCGCUAAAGCAGAGGAAGUACAUAGCCGUAGACGAGUAA